CCCAUUCCUCCGUAAAAGCUCACUAGUAUACUUGACUUCGCUUUCUGUCUCUCUUUCUCCCUCCCUUGCUUCCCUAAUUUCUGCACUUCUCUUAUAAAAUUAAAUGCAAAGUACAUUCAUCUUCCGUUUAUCAGAAUUUGAAUUCUCUCUUCCUCUGCUAUUACUACAGCGUUUUCUCAAGUAACCGUUACUUGAUGGGCUGCUCCACCUCCAGAAUUGACCAUCUCCCUGCGGUUUCCCUCUGUCACGACCGCUGCAAGUUCCUCGAUGAAGCGCUUUAUCAAAGCUAUGCCCUUGCUGAUGCUCAUGUCGCCUAUAUGCACUCUCUCAAGGCUCUUGGCCCCUCCCUUCGCCUUUUCUUUGAUCAAAACCUUGAUAAUAUUCAUUCCGAUUCUAAUUCCAACGGUGACUCCACUGCCGCUAAAUCUAAUCCCUUGAAGUCUUCUCCUUCACCUGAUCACUAUCCCUCCAGUUCAAACUCGGAGUCGCACCUCGAUUUUCCUUCUGAUUCAGAGGACGAAGAAUUUAAGGACAGGGAUUUUGAUUUUCUUAAUGGAAUACACCCCAAUUAUUUUGAUCGGCAAACCCCGAAUCUAUCUAGAUCAGAUUCAUAUGCUUAUCAUGACCAUAAUAAGUACGCCUAUUUCGCAAAUAAUGGUGGCCUUUUUCGUUCUCGUGAGUCUCCUUGCGGUGCGUCCUCUCCAGAAGGUGGUUCUGCAUGGAAAACGCCUUCGCCUCCUCCUCCGAGUGGCUCCACUUGGGAGUUCUUGAAUUUCUUUGAUACAUAUGAGAGAUAUGAAUUACCAAUUAGGGAUAAGGAAGGGGUUCAUGAGCUUAAAGACGAAGUAGAGAGUAAAAUUCCUGGAGAUUCAGUAAAUUUGGCGGGAGAGGAGAAACAGAGUAAUGCCAAAUUGACAGUGGAAAAUGGUGAGGCGAAGCAGCCUGAUGUUAAUGUGGUGCAGACGAAUGUUAUUUCAGAGAAAGAGACGAAAGAUUCUGUCGAGUCUGAGAAUCGAAGUACCCCUGGGGUUAUGAGAGAACUGGAGGCUCUCUUUGAGAAAGCUGCAGAGUCAGGAAAUCAAGUGUUAAAGAUACUUGAUACAGGAAAAGUCCGCUACAAUAAUAAGAAUUCUAUCUAUCAAGGAGUUUCUUCCAAGAUGUUGCAUGUGGUAACCCCAUCUUUCUUGGUGAUACCUUCUAAAAUUACCGAGACCCCAUCUAAAGAGAAGAUUGGUUCUGUUGGUCAGGGCUUUGAUGAAGAUUUGGCUGUGAUUUCAGCGAAUUUGUCUUCCACUCUCAAGAAGCUAUGCAUGUGGGAGAAGAAACUAUAUGAUGAAGUCAAGGCUGAGGAAAAAUUGCGUAUUAUGCUUGCAAGGAACUAUAGGCAGGUGAAAAACAUUGGAGAGAAAGGUGCAGAAGCCAAUAAAGUUGAUUCUGCUCGAACUUUAAUCAGGGCAUUAUCUACUAAAAUCAAAGUUUCAAUUCAAGUUAUUGACAGAACAUCGAUUUUUAUCAGUAAGAUAAGGGAUGAAGAACUGUGGCCACUAAUCAGUGAACUCAUUCAAAAGUUACUUGAAAUGUGGAAAGCCAUGUUAGAUUGCCACAGGCGUCAAUCCCAAGCAGUUGUGGAAGCCAGAGGUUUAGAUGCCAUUGUAUCCAACGGGAAGUUGAGUGAAAUUCAUUUGGAAGCAGCAAUACAACUCAAGAUUGAACUUCAGAACUGUAAUCUGAGCUUUUGCAAUUGGAUCACUGCCCAAAGAAGCUAUAUCAAGGCCUUGAAUGGUUGGCUUCUAAAAUUUCUUCCAUGCAAGCCUGAAGAAAUGUCUGAUGACAAGAAACCAUUAUCUCCUGGUAAGGCAGAGGUUCCCCUUCCCCCUAUGUUCGCCUUCUUUAACCAUUGGUCACAUGGCAUGGGAAUAAUCUCGGAGAUGGAAGUGAUUAAAUGCAUGUACGGACUUUUCAUGAGCAUAAAUCAAUUAGUAGAAAGGCAUUAUAUAUACUUGCAGCAAAGACUGAUUGCAGAUAAGGAUUUGGAGAAAAGAAUCAAGAUUUUGGGAAGAAAGGAGAAAAGGAUGCAAAAGGUAAUGCAACCUCGAGGGAAGAAGAUGUUUCUAGCCAGUAAGGAUGCGAUUCGCAGCUCUUUUUCUGGAGGGGCUGUGCUUCAGAGUGAAAUGACCAACAAUAAUAGUCUUGAAUCGAGUCUGAAACAAAUAUUCAUGGCCAUAGAAAAAUUCUCCGCCAACAAUGUUCAACUUUACGAGGAACUUCAUGUGCUUGCUGAAGAAGGCAGCCUUACCAGAAGGAACCAAGUAGGUCCUUAAAAUUAUGCAUUUGGGUACUCAUGUUAGCUUGAUUUGACGAGGAUUUUCCUGGAAGGAAUUAUUGCUGGUACCUUGGUAAAUUUUACUAUCUUUGAUAAUAUGAAGCAAAGCAUCCUGGAAAUCAUGAGCUGUUUUAGAGUAGCCACCAAGCCAAGGUUAUUGGGAGAGAAGAAAUGAUGAGCGGCUCAAAAUCUGAUAAUCUUCUACUUUUGAGUGGAAUUUGAUUAAUCAUGAAUUUAAUUUAACUAAAGCACACUGCCACUUGGGUACGCUUCAUUCCAAUUUCCUUUGGCAUUUCCAUUGUUGCAGUUUUUUUUUUUUUUCAUUUUCAGCUGCUGCUUAAUUUGCCAGGUCAGGAUAUCAUUCUCUAUGGAAUUUUCCGCUUUCUCAUUGGACUAUAUAAAAAAUGUAAGUCAACAAAACCGCAUGCGUAACAAUGGAAUCUUAUUCUUAAUAGUUUUUUUAA